UUCAUUCAUGUUCCUUUCUCUCUCUCUCUCACUCUCUUUUUUCUGUUUGUUUAGUUUAUAUAAUAAAUAAGCUUCUACACAAAAAUUACACGACAAUAUUAAAACCAAUCCGAAAGAGAAAAACUUUCUCGUUCCUAAGCUGGAAAGACACAACAGAACACCAGUAUAUUCAUAUUUUGGAGGAUCAAAGUGGUUGCUGCAGCUGGUGUUGUGAUUCAAAAGCUUAAUUUUUGAUACAGCAACCUUUGAAGAGAUGGUUGCCUUUGGGAAGAAGUUGAAAGAUAGACAGAUUCAAGAAUGGCAAGGAUAUUACAUAAACUACAAACUCAUGAAGAAGCGAGUAAGGCAAUAUGCUCAACAAAUUCAACAUGGGACACUAGAUCGGCGACAUGUUCUCAAGGAUUUCUCACGAAUGCUGGAUAAUCAGAUUGAGAAGAUUGUCCUUUUCCUGUUGGAGCAACAAGGGCUUUUGGCAAGCAGGAUAGCAAAGCUUGGAGAAAUGCAUAAUGAUUUGCAGGAGGAGCCUGAGAUACACAAAAUAGCUGAACUAAGAGAAUCUUAUAGAACAGUUGGACAAGAACUACUAAACCUACUCUAUUUCGUAGAGAUCAAUGCUGUUGGGUUGCGUAAGAUAUUGAAGAAGUUUGAUAAGCGCUUUGGUUAUAGAUUCACUGAUUACUAUGUCAAAACUCGUGCAAAUCAUCCUUAUUCUCAGCUGCAACAAGUGUUCAAGCAUGUGGGAAUAGGUGCUGUUGUGGGAGCCUUAUCUCGCAAUCUUCAUGAGCUUCAGGAUCGUCAAGGGAGCUACCUAUCAAUCUACGAUCAGCCUGCUCUUCCUCUCCAGGAUCCUGUGGUUGAUAAGAUAAACGCAGCUGUUGAUAGGUUAUCCAACUCAACAAACUUUCUUAACUUUUUGGCACAACAUGCACUCAUUAUGCAAGACGACCUUCCUACCCCUUCUGAGGAACAUGUUGAUGAUGAAAAAUACCAUUUUAUGUCUCUUCUGCUGAACUUGGCAAACACAUUUUUGUAUAUGAUCAAUACAUAUAUCAUUGUUCCUACAGCAGAUGAUUACUCUACAAGCCUUGGUGCUGCGCCAACGGUUUGCGGUAUUGUUAUUGGGGCAAUGGCUGUUGCACAAGUGUUUUCUUCUGUGUAUUUUAGUGCAUGGUCGAACAAAUCGUACUUUAGGCCUCUUGUGUUCAGUAGCGUGGCUCUUUUCGUCGGAAACAUCUUUUAUGCAUGUGCAUAUGAUGUUCAUUCAAUAUGGAUUCUCUUACUCGGCCGUCUUUUUUGUGGAUUGGGUUCUGCCAGAGCUGUUAACCGGCGUUAUAUUAGUGAUUGUGUUCCACUGAAAAUCCGCAUGCAAGCAUCAGCCGGUUUUGUUAGUGCUAGUGCUCUCGGAAUGGCAUGCGGUCCUGCAUUAGCUGGCAUACUCCAGACUAAUUUUAAGAUUUACAAUCUUACAUUUAAUCAAAAUACCUUGCCUGGGUGGGUUAUGGCUGUUGCUUGGCUGGUAUAUCUAGUAUGGUUAUGGAUCUCUUUUCAGGAACCUUCUCAUUUUGCUGAAGAGAACCGUACACCAAAUCAGUCAAAUGUUGUAGACAAUGGUGCAGUAGACAAUAGUGCACUAGAAAAAGGCCUAAAACAACCAUUAUUAAUUACUUCGGAUGAUAAGAUAGACGAAGACAUUGACCAAGAUUAUGAUGAUAGUGAGGAAGCUCCAGAGGAAUCUCGCCUUCCGGCCAAUUCAAUUGGAUCGGCAUACCGACUCCUUACACCUUCUGUAAAGGUUCAGUUAUUGAUAUAUUUCAUGCUUAAAUAUGUAAUGGAGAUUUUACUAUCUGAAUCUAGUGUCGUCACAACAUACUACUUCAACUGGUCAACCAGCACAGUUGCAGUUUUUCUUGCUUGCCUUGGCUUGACAGUUCUUCCUGUAAACAUUGUUGUUGGAAACUACAUAAGCAACAUGUUUGAGGACAGGCAAAUUCUGUUGACAUCAGAAAUAAUGGUUUGCAUAGGAGUUCUACUCAGCUUCCAUGUAAUCUUUCCGUAUUCUGAGCCGCAAUACAUCUGUUCGGGUCUCCUUCUAUUUGUUUCUGCUGAAGUACUGGAAGGUGUGAACUUGUCACUGCUUUCACGUGUCAUGUCAUCGAGGCUUUCUCGCGGAACCUACAAUGGCGGUCUUCUGUCUACCGAGGCCGGAACAAUUGCUAGAGUAAUUGCUGAUGCUACCAUUACCUUGGCUGGAUUUUUGGGUCAAAGUAGGCUCCUUAAUGUCACCUUGCUUCCUUCACUCUUCAUUUCAGUAUUCUCUAUCAUAGCAACCUGCUAUACCUACAAUUCCUUAUACUGAUCUUUCUCAACAAGACCUCAUUCCCUGUCAUUCAAGUCUUUUAUGGCUCAAAAAAUUUGGAAAAAGUAUCUAGGUUGUUAUUUAUGUAGGUUGUUUCAAUGUGAAUUUUGGUAAAAUGGAUUGUUCAGUUGUCACUUUAAUUUUUCUUUGAUGAUUUGUUACUUUUGUUGUUUGAGUUAUACUUAUGUUUCUUUUUCAUCCUUUUUGUGAUAGUUAGGUUUAGGAUGAAUUAGGGAUGUAAAUGAAUUGAUGCUAGCUAUUCAUGAAUUAAUAAA